AAAAAAAGAAGUAUCAAUAUUUUCAACCCAAUUGGGAAUGACUUAAAUUCUAUGGACGAAUGCAAAUCUUUUAAAAAAGAAUAUGACAAGUGUUUUAAUACUUGGUUCAGGGACAACUUUCUUAAAGGGAGUAAUGAUGACUCCAUGUGUUCAGAGCUUUUAAAGAAUUAUACAGAAUGUAUCAAGAAAGCGAUGAAAGAUAAAGAUAUUGUUAUUGAUGACUUCAGACGAUAUCAUCCAAAAAUUAGUUCCAAUUAUGAACCACCUACAAACAAAUAAAAUGCGGAGUUCAGUAUGUGUAUGGCAAAGAAGAGUUCAAAGGAAUAUUUAUUUUUUAUUCAGCCAUUGUACCAAUGAUUUAAAAUGAACUAUAAUACAUGAUCUUUAGAUAUGACUGCA